AUGGGAUGUAAUUCGAGCAAAAGUACGUCUAAAGCUGUACACAAAAAAAAGUUACUACCCAUCAUGAGCUUCCUACCGUCCAGCAAUGCUAAUCAAUACCAAAAAAAGCAGAUACCAGCAACCAAAGGAUUAGCAUCAUCUUUUGGAUUCAAAAAGACCACACAAACCAAUAAGAUCAGACCAAUAUCAGCUCCUAUUCCGUUUGUUGAAAAACCAAACAAUUUUGAAUCUAAAAUGCUACCCAAACGAAUGUCAACACCUACGGAUAAGUGUUCAAGAAGUAUACCUAAAAGUAAUACACCUUCUCCCAACAGGUUUGGAUUCUGUAAACCAGCAACAAAACUUGUUCAACCCACAACACAAGUAACAACAAAAAAAAUAGAAGUGGAAAGAAGAAGUCAAUCUGAACCACAAAAAAGGGAAAUUCCUAAACUUUAUUCAAGUGGAACAAAAAUUGCCGUGUCCAGAGUUACCUCUAGUCAUUUACCUAGGCCUCAAAUACCAAUCAGAUAUCAAGUAUCCAAAAGUCCCGAUAAAAAUGCCAAAACAGCUGCCAACAUGAGACUAAAGAAUGAAGCAAUCAAACAAAUGCAACAAGGAGUGACCAUUCGAAAGUUAACUGACUCUGUUGAAUUUACUGAAGUAAUUGCUUUUAAUAGACCAUCAAGGCUAACAAUAAAUUCAAAUGCUAAAGGUUCUUUAAUUAGGGAACGGGCUAAUAAAUAUUUAAGACAAGUGUCAAGUUCAUCUUCGAAACAUUUGACAUCGUCUGAUGAUGAUUCAGAUUUGAGCAGUUAUGAAGAGAAACAUGACAAAGAGGAGUUUGUAAAAGAAAAGACUGAACAAUAUGAUAGAAAAGAUACUACAUAUAGUGAUGAAGAAUAUGGACCUGGUGAAGCAUUAGCAGUAGAAGAGUUCACAGAAAUGAAAGAUAAAAUAAAUGUCAUUGAUAAUAAAUUUGCCAAUGUUGAUAUGUCUGUAUCAUUACGUGAUGUAUUGUUGAAUAUUGAAGACACAACUUUUGCCACAUUAGCUGCUAUGUCUUCUACAAUAAGAAUUGAAGAUGAAACAUCACCAGAUGAUGAAUGUUUAAGUCCCACUGAAUCUGAGUCAGCUGAAUUUCCACAUAGUAAAACAGAAUCUACAAAUAAUGAUAAACGUGACAGUAUGUCACCAAUUUUGCGAUGCAAUAUCUCUAAAUCCGGUUCUUUUUCAUCAGACACUAGAGAUUUUUUUGAUGAUGAGAUAGCUGAUCAACCAGCACUUAUGUUUAGUGGGCCUCCAUCAGAGUCUUGCAAUGCAGAAGAUAUUGAUGAUGCUAUAUUUCGACUUGGAAACCAUUCCAGUUGUAACAAAAAAUCCAAAUCCCUGAGAAGAUCACUAAGUGCUGAUGGGUCCUUAAGUGAGAGUCUCAACUCUGACGAUCUGAUGCUUGAUGUUGACUAUGAUCAAACAGAUGAUAAAUUGGUCGAUCCUGAUAAUGAAGACCUAUUGAAAACACUGGAGAGUACCAAACAAAACGCAUUUAAUGAAUGGAAAUCUUUGACAUCUCCGAGAAACAGUAGUAGUUCACUCAAAGACGAAGUUCCGGUCAAAGAUGAAACGGAUUCUAAAGGCAGCAAUGGGGAUGUGCUAAUGAGCUUCGAUCGGUUUCGAGAGGUAACGGACGACAUAGCGAGUAUCAAGAACAUGCUAUUCGAACUAAACCGUGCCCUAAUAGAGGACAAGCAAGAUAUAACCUACCCAGAAGACCAGGAAGUUCAUUGCUGUUACGAGAAUCAAAUCUUGGAUUUGAAACAACAGAUAGCUUAUAUGGCCCAACAAAUGGAACAGAAGGACCGUACUAUUCAAAUGCUCAACGAACAGAUAGCACAACGACCACGGCCAUCAAUAACAACAGUAGAAACCCGAAAUGCUGCCACUCAAACAGACAGAUGUCGGUCGACCACAGCUCCAACAUUAUGCACAUUCGAUAGAGAAGGACAAGCAAAUGGUCGUCCCGUAAUAAGGUGCAGUGACAUGACAGAGAGAUCAAAGUCUGUGUCGGGCAAUCGCAUACGUAUCGGCAUGCUAAAGCACAAAUUUCUCAUGGACGCAGGACGUACGUUGCCGAACGUUUGA